AAAGUCAUUGAGUAAUUGUCUGUUUCUGUGGACAGAUUAAGUGCUGAGAAAAGAGUGAUUUUCUUCUCAGCAAAUUUAGUGCGGUUUGAGAUUUUCUUUCCACUGUGAUUGUCUUUUUUCGUGUGCGGCAUUUGAGAGCAAUAAAUAUGAAAUUUUUGCAAAAUCCGGAAAAUUGCAUAGACAUUGAGUCAAUGUGCCAAAGAAUUUGGCUAAUAUUUGGCGACGAAUUGAUUCCCAUUUGACGCGUUUGUUGGCAUCAAAGCCCCAAGAUCAUCAUUUUUGUAUUGUUUCUCAUCUUCUUUCGUGUGAGAUAAAAAAGAAAAGAAAGUGUCUAAGUGGUCAGUAACAUUGAUCCGGGGGGCUGCUCAAGGUGUCUGGUGCACUUAAAGGUUAAAGACAUAAAUUUGCAUUGAAAUUGAAGUUUGUCAGUACGUGAUCCUUUUCAUUGUUCACGGGGAUCAGUUUUGCCAAGAUGGAUAAGCGCAAGAUGACUAGGGAUUCUGCCCCAGCGGAUGAUAUUGAUGGACUUCUUGCGGAUUUUACUGAUGAAUUUGAAGCACGUGCAGAUGAGAUUCGUUUGAAGCGUGAUAAAUUGGAUUUUGCAAGAGAAUGGCAUUACGAUGGUAUUCACUAUAAGAAGUUCACCAGACGCAAUCAUGUCUAUCUCUGUGCUUUUGGAAUUUUCUAUGCAUUUUUUCUGAUUCUCGGUGCUCUUAGUUUCAUGAGUAUCGAAUCACCCACUGAACUUGAAGCCCGUCGACAGUUGAUACUGUACAGAAACACUUUUGCAGCCAAGUACAACAUACAAGAUGAUGAUCUUGAGGCGUUUCUCAAGGAAGUUGUGAGUGCCAAUGAACGGGGAAUUUCAAUCCUGAAGAAUGCUUCGUCCAGUGAACUCAAUUGGAGCUUCGGUCAAGCACUUUUCUUUUCCAGCACCGUUGUCACAACAAUUGGAUACGGCCAUGUGACACCAAUAAGUGAGACUGGAAAGAUUUUCUGCAUGAUUUAUGCAACUCUGGGGAUUCCGCUGACUUUGGUCCUGCUGUCGGCAGUUGUGGAUCGUUUGAUGAUUCCCGUGAGUGGUCUUUUGGGCUUCAUGAAUGCCAAAUUGGGCCACUUGUACCAGCCAUUCAACAUUCGUCUCCUUCAUUUGCUCCUUCUCGUUGUGGUCAUUGGACUGCUCUUCCUCGUUGCUCCAAUGUUUGUAUUUGCCUACAUGGAGCCCAGCUGGGAUCUCCUGGAUGCAUUCUACUACUGCUUCAUAUCACUCACGACCAUCGGCCUGGGGGAUUUUAUUCCAGGGGAUGGGGAGAAUGUCUCCAAUCCGACCCUCUACAAAACCCUGACCACAUGCUAUUUGUUGCUGGGUUUGGCUGGGGUCAUGCUGGCUCUAUCGGUGUUCUAUCAGAUUCCACAGCUGAAUUUGGGGCAAUUGUUCACGGAAUACGGAAGUGGAGCGAGUGAAUCGGAGAAGAUGAGACUGUCCGGAGGGGGAGCACCAUGCUAUUCGGGUCCAACGGGCCUCUACAUUCCCCAGCGCGAUGAGGAGGUUCGUCGAGCUGUUGUUAGGAUCAGGCCACGUGGAGAGGAUUCACCAAGUCCAGAGGAUACCACGCCCAUGCAUGCCAGGGAUAUGCGAGUGCCAUGAGCGCCCGAAGGAAGAUGGGAAAGGAAUACAAAGUGAUGGAAAUUGAAGAGAGAAAGGUAACUGCUAAAAAUAUCCAGUAAUAUUUAAAAGAAGAGGAAGAAGAAAACAUUUAAGACAUUAAAUAAUCCACUUUAGUGAAAAAAAAAACUAAGAAAAUCUAUAAAGGAAAAGAUUUAUUAUGCUUGAAUUUUGAGACUUUGAAUAAUAUUAACCCACAAUUAUUUCUUUUGCCCUAGGUUAAAUUGAGGUUAUGUUGGUAACAUAACCUAUAAACGAAUUUUCACUUACAGUGUCCGCUCUCUAAUCCGGAUCGGCGUAAUCCGGACGAGUUAUCGACGGUUACAUUUAAAAUAAUUUUGAGGUUAUGUAUGUAUCUCUGUUCACGAAUUAAAAUGAAUUAUCUUGUAAAGUUUUUGUUUAAUAGAAUUUUCUAAUUAUGUCUUUUUAAGCUUCUUUAAAACUUUUAUUCUAAUUCUACAAAAAAAACUUGUAUUAUAUUUUCGAGACGUUAAAUAAAUUUAAAAAAAAUCCAUCCGGAUUACGAAGCGGACAUCUGUCAUAUUGUCUCCUAAUCAUCCGGAUAACGAAGCGGUCACUGUAUUUGCAAAGUUCAAGUAUACCAAUAAUUUUUUUAAUAAAAAAAUAGCACAUUAUAGGUUAUUUUUUUUUAGGGUUAUGUAUAACAAUAACCUCAUUUUUAUCAUGGAAUUCCGGAAUGACCAAGAAUCCCAAAUCUUUCGUGCAAAUUUACAAAAAAGUCUGCCAUUUUUUUAAAAACGGUUUCCUAUAAUAGCAUAUCAGCACCGGAAUUCAGGUUAGGUUACGAAAAUUUUAUUCAUGUCAACAAACUGAGAAAAUAGUCCAGUUGAAAUAUAUUCAGUAAGUCCUUGAAUAUUUUCGCAAAUUUCAUUUUUUAUCCCAUUAUUUGAUAAAGAGGUUAGAUUUUGGAAUACUAGGUUAUGUUUAUUCUUCGAUCUAAAACAAUGAUAAUAUAAAAAUGAGGUUAUGUGACUUAGAUUAUUUUCUAAUAAAGUCUUCUGCUUCUUUCGUAUUACAAAAAACAAAUAAUCUUUUUUAACUUUUAUCAUUGAAAUGUGUAAAUGGAAUCAAAUGAAAAAAAAAAACCAAUGAUAUGAAUGCUGUUCAAAUUAAAUAUUCAAAAUGUUAUUAAUUUGAACAGAAUUUAUAUGAUUAAUUUGACCAUUUGAGAAGCAAACUGUAAGAAACUUAAAAAAAAUCUAACCCUAGAAAAAAUUUGUGGUUAGAAUUUGUAAAAACUCUGAUAUGAUUAUACUAGAAGCGAGAAAUUUCAGCCUUUAAAGUUUUUUUUUUAAGGUUAUGGUUCCUAAAAUUUUCUUGUUCCGUGAUUCUAUUUCAUUCUGAUAUACCAAAUUGAUAUAUCACUAAUUGAUAUAUCACACAAUAUCACACGAAUAAUUAACUAUUUUGCGUACACAUAAACAAAAACAUGAAACAAUCUAACCUCAAAUCUUCGAAAAUCCACUAGAGACAAAUUCGGUGUUUUUUUUACCUUUAGGGACGAUUGGGUCAUAUAUGACCCAUGAAAAUUAUGAAGCUUUCCUGAAAAUACCAAUAAACUAUAAUUUUUACUUUGUUGAGAAAUAUUAUGUAUAGUUGUUAUAGUUUCUAGUCCCAAGAGUUUUUUUCUUAAAAAAAAAUUAGAAAUAUUAAAAAUAUUAAAAUUCAAGCACCAACGGGAAAAUUUGAAAAUUCGUCAUUUUUGAGCUCAAAUAUUUUUUAUAUAGCAAAUAGCUGGAGAUUUGCAAAAAAUAUCCUAGAUUCCUACAUCUUUCUACUUUGUGAUUAUGUACAAACAUUAGAAAGAAAUAACUUCAGGUAGUCAGGAAAAAUUAUUUUCUCUAUGGGUCACGGGUGACCCAAUCGUCCUUAAAGGGUUAAUACGCUUAUACGACCCACAAGCCCUGAGAUCUUCCGUGUAAUUUGUCCUGAAGACCUGAAGAGUAGCAUCUCAAAUUUACGCGCAGAUUCCCGUAGUAAUUUGCCCUUCCUGAACUCUUCCAAUGCCUUUUCCACAUCAUAUAAUUCAUAGAACCGAUGGUUUUUUUUUCUCUGGUCAUUGUAGAGCUCAGAAAUUGAGCAAAAAAAAAACAUAAAAUGAAUAAGAAAUUUAGGAAAGCAAAAGAUGUUUUUCCGGAAUAGGCAACAUUACCUCUAGCUAGGAAAUUUUACCCGAAAUUUAAAAAUUGAUUAAUUAUUAACAUAAACAGAAGCAAUCUUCAAUGAAAGCUAAUCAAUUUUCAUGAAAAACACCGAAGGAAAACCUUCUGCACUUCUCCACAAAUUACAAGACUACUAGAAACACAAUCGAUCUAUCACAUUUUUUGUAAGACUCUUUCCACACUGAGUUUUUACAACGCCAUUUAAAUUCAAAUUAUACCUAAAAUUUAACGGUCUUUGUGUUAAUACAUCCUAAAAUGAAUAAAUAUUUAAAAGCAAAAUUAAUUCAUUGCCUAUUCGAAGAUUAUAUACAUAAUUUUAAUUAAUUUAUUUGCAUGGCCGAAAUUACACUCAAAAUGGCCGAUAUUAGAAGCUGGCCUCACUAAUACCGGCCUCAUCAAGUAAACGCCAUGAAAGUUGUAUCAGUAGGUCGUAUAAUACGGUUCAUGCAAUCGAGUAGUUCAAUACAAGUUUUUUUCGGUAUGUCAUCUUGCGGUGAAAAGCUGCAUAUUUGUAUCUUAAGUUCUAUGGUAAAUUUUACGUUAUUAUUACUUUCUCUUAAAGGAUCCGAAUGUUUUAUUUUGCUUCAUGGGUAUAAAUUUUUAUAUUUUCUUUUCCACCUAAAUGCGCGAUGCAACCGCUACAGGCGGCAGAAAAAUGAACUUAUCAUGUUCCAAAAAAGCUCUUGAGUUUGCAAACAGAAUAAUUAUUUAUUUUUGAUUAGGAAAUUGUGGGUUAAACAUAUCUUUGACUAUUUAUUCAAUGUCUUUUGCAAUUCAAGCUGAAAAGAAUUAAGAAAAAAAAAAAGAAAAUGUGCGAUGAGGUGAAAAGAAAAAGUCUAUCAAAAAUAAUAUUUAUAUAUCAAUGUUAUUCACUUGUGAAGUUUAGACUCUAUUUAGUGACGAAUGAGUUGAAAAUGAAGACAAAUUUUAUCUGCUGUUUGAAGUACUGAGAGUGUGCAAAGAUGAAGAGUUAAAAUACAAUAGAUUGUAAUAUUUCAUAGAAUUUAUUCUGAGAUUAAUAUAUUUAUUUUUAGAAUGGAGAAAGUUAAGAGGAUAAUCACCAUCAUACAAUAUCAUAUUUAAACUAAGAAUAUUAUAGUGGUUUAAGUAAGCAAAAGUGGGAAAAAGAGAGAUUAAAGGAGAUGGAAAAAUCUUCCAUUUACCUUUCUCUUAAACCAUUUUGUGGAAGAUGAAUAGAAGAAUUAUGUGACCUUUUGUGAUUAGCUUCCUGUCCAUUUUUAUUAACUAAAAAAAAUAUGCAUUCAGCACGAUGUUAGAGUGCAGAAGAAUAGGUGGAUUUUUCCAUAAAUCAGUGAAGAGUGAAUGAGAUUUCCAAAAAAAACCCUCUCAUCAAGAGAUAUUUCCAUAUUUUAUUUUUAAGUGAGAAAAAAUCCACAAAGAAUUAGAAUGAAUCACAUGGAUAGCAUCGUAAUAAAAUAAAACACCGCCUGAUUUUAAUUUUAAAUUUUUGUCCCCAUGCUGCCUGAAUCACACAUUUUUUUUCAAUCUCAUUCCUCUUCGAGAAUUUUCCAAGCACGCCAGAAAAAAAAUUAUUGGAGAGUAACAAACUACAGGAAAACACAUUUCGAUCAUUUCAAAAGAAAAUCUCAGCUAAAUAAAAAUCAUAGAAAUUAAGGGAUAAAUCCAAAGACAUUAAAUGCUCAAUAAAACAAGAAAAAA